AGGAGGAGGAUCUGGAAGAAAAGCAGAGCAGACACCAGAGCAGGCAGACUUGGCAGCAGCCUGAGAAGCAAACCUCCUGUCCAGAGGAAGAGCCCAGGCCACAGCAGAGACAUGGAACUCUCCUCAGCUCCUCUCCACAAAUGGCAGCUACCCUGGAACGGACUCCUGCUGGCAGCCUCACUUUUGAUCUACUGGAGCUCUCCCUCCAUGGCCCAAGUCACUGUGGAAGCAGUUCCGCCCCACGUUGCUGAAGGGGCAGAUGUUCUUCUACUUGUCCACAAUCUGCCAGAGACACCCCUAGUCUUUUACUGGUACAAGGGAGAAAAUACAGACAACAGUAACGAAAUUACACGAUUUAUAACGUCACCUAGCGAAAUUAUAACAGGGCCUGCAUACAGUGGCAGAGAGACAAUAUACCCCAAUGGAUCCCUGCUCUUCCAGAAUGUCACUCAGAAUGACACCGGAGCCUACACGUUGCAAAUACUAAUGCAAAGCUAUGAUCCUACAAAAGUAUCCGUGCAGUUCCAUGUCCACCCACUGCUACCCAAGCCCCAAAUCACAAGCAACAAUUCCAAUCCCAUGGAGGGUGAGGAUGCAAUAGCAUUAAUGUGUGAGCCUGAGACUGAGAAUACAAACUACCUGUGGAGGAGAAAUGGCCAGAGCCUCUCAGAAGGUGACAGGCUGAAGCUGUCUGAGGACAACAGGACUCUCACUUUACUCAGUGUUGUGAGGAAUGACACAGGAGCCUAUGAGUGUGAAACCCGGAACCCAGUGAGCACCUCUCGAAGUGACCCAUACACUCUGAACAUUACCUAUGGUCCAGAUGUCCCGAUCAUAUCCCCCUCAAAUAAUUAUUUUCAUUUAAGGACAAACCUCAGCCUCUCCUGUCAAGCAGCCUCUAACCCACCCGCACUGUACUCUUGGUUUGUCAAUGGAGAGCUCCUGUCAUCCUCCCAAGAGCUCCUUAUCCCCAACAUCACUACUAAUAAUAGUGGAUCCUAUACCUGCUUCGUCUAUAACUCUGUCACUGGCCUCAAUAAGACCGCAGUCAAGAACAUUACAGUCCUUGAGCCAGUGACUACACCCUCCAUCCAAGUCACCAACACCACAGUCAAAGAACUGGGCUCUGUGUUCCUGAACUGCUCCUCAAACGACACCGGGAUCUCCAUCCAUUGGCUCUUCAAUGGCCAGAGUCUGGGGCUCACGGACAGAAUGAAGCUGUCCCUGGACAACAGCACCCUCAGCAUAGACCCUGUCAGGAGGGAGGAUUCUGGGGUGUAUCAGUGUGAGGUCUCCAAUCCAGUCAGUUCCAAGAGGAGUGACCCCAUCCAGCUGGACAUAAUAGCUGACCCAACACAAGGGAGUUCUGGCCUCUCGGGGGGUGCCAUUGCCGGCAUCGUCGUUGGAUCUGUUGCUGGGGUGACUCUGAUAGCAGCCCUGGCAUAUUUUUUUUAUUUCAGGAAGACUGGCAGGGGAACUGACCAGCGCGAUCUCACAGAGCACAAACCCUCAGCCUCCAACCACAAUCUGGGCCCCUCUGGCAACUCUCCUAACAAGUGACCACACAUCAGACUGUCAGACAGUGAGUGACAGGUGUCCUCUCCCAUGGCUCACCCAGCACAGAGGCCACAGCACAGUGGUGCUAGAUCACCAGCAAGGUGAGGUUCUGACCUGUGGGACUGAUGUCACUGACCAACACUCAUACUUUCAGGUGGAUGACGUGACAUACACAGUCCUGAACAUCAACGGCCAGACACACAAACCACCAACUUCAGCUUCUCCAUCUUCAAGAGCCACAGAAACCACUUAUUCAGAAAUAAAAAAGAAGUGAUCAUGGCCUGUCAUGCUGGCUACACCAAUGAUGCAUUUCCAGAAUCUCUCCCUCACUAGAAGAUCUCUGUACCAUGAGAUGAGGAAACACAUGUGUGUAUGCGCACACAAACACACACAUACAUACACAGCUCCAGGUGGCAGCCUCUUCUUCAGUAUCAAUAGAAGGAACAAUAUAUUAUGGAGCCUAGGGGAAACCCAACCUUUCUUGGAACUGAAACUUGGCUGAGAAAAGGGCAUCAAAGCUGCCCACCCUCCACUCCCCUAGCCAUGGCUUGUUUUAAAUGACCUAUUCAGAGCACAGUCAUUCUCCCCAGCUCCAGUCCUGUCCUAGCACAGUCUGACUUGAAUUCCCAUAACCCUGGACGUCACCUAAGUGCUAAUGCCAAAGAACAAAGGACAAGCAGGAAACGGGCAUUCCUGCGUCUUUAAAGCCCGAUGUGAAGCCAUCGUACACGGGAAGAUCAAGUCUCAGACAGAGGUCUCAGGAAAUCUCCACGCCGACAACUCAUGCUUGCCCGGCUGUGGAAUCAGGGGCUCUGUAUGUUGUGCAUUUACACCUGAGCCCACCUCUGAGAAACCACUUUCUCCAGAAAACCCACUCAAUGCAGCUAGCAAAGCUCUUUGGCAGCAACCACGGCCAUUGCUAACGCAGAGUGCAGGUACAAAGACAGCAUCUCUAGUCUCUACCAGGAAGGAGUCCAGAAAAGCAGGGCUGGUGAACUGACAGGCUCCUGGAAUCUAAAAAUGGAACAGAAAGAUACCCUCCAUGGAGCACUGAGAUUGUUUUAAAAGAAGCCAUAUUUGGAGGUACUGGAGUUUUCUUCUCUGCAAGACAACCCACUACUUGAAGUUUUGUAACUGCUGACUUGGCUCAGUGUGUGAGCUGAUAAGUCUGCCUUAGGGGCAAGAAGCCACUGCACCUCUGGCUCCCUUGGCCAUGAUCAAAAAGCCUCUCAAGCCCUUUUGAUCAAGAGUUCCAAACCAAAAAUGAAUAAAUGAAUAACAAGGCAAGUCACUUGCAGAAACACUGCCUAGUGUCGAGCUAAGCCUCCUACUUUGCUGAAUUUGUCAGAAAAGCCUGACUUUUCCUUGCUCUGUGUCUUCACCUUUAUUGCUGGGCACUGGCCAGAGCCUACACAAUAUUUCUCUGAGACUCUGGGCUUCCUUGCUCUCUCCCUGUAGCUCGCCCGCCCCCACCCUGUGCAGCUGCCAGCUGAACUCUUGCCUGACUCAAAGGCCAGCCAUUCCUCCUCCACUCCAACCCCUCUCCAGGCUGAUGCUGAGGUUUCCAGCUUGUCUGCCUUGCUGUUUUGCUUUUAAACUCUACCAAAAACUGCCCUCGGCUUCAACAACUAACAACAGACUUUCUUCAUUCCCACCCCAUUCCUGAAGAUCAGGACCAGCCUCCAACUACCCUUCUGCGGUGUUUCUGUCUGCGCAUUGUUUGCCCUUUCUUUGGCUUCUUUUUUUGACUUUUUUUUUUUGAGACAGUUUUAGCAUGUAGCCUAAACAAGCUUCAAUAUCACAAUAAAGGUUUCUACGAUCUCUCUCCUGCUGAGAUUACAGUGCAGGCCACCAGGCCCAGUGGCUUGUGCAUUCCCUGACUGCCCUGCACUCUCAGGAAAUCUUGGCCUCUGCUACUGUGUGUCUGGUCCACGUGAAUUGUGCCCUUCAAGGGACACAGUCACUCAAGCUGAAGGCAUUGUUUACAUCCUUGAGAGCUCCGCACUGGUGCUCCACUGGGAAUGUGGGACACUUGCAGGGUGCUCUUCCCCAGCCCUGGGCUUCCAACAGCCUCUGAAACUUACUCUUCCCACCUGGGAUGAAUCCCAGCAACAGGAGAAGGAAAGGCCAAUGUGCUCUCAGGGAUCCUCUCUUCAAGAGGUACACCCACUCUGUGCCUGUUAAUCAAGGGUUUUAUUGGAUAAUAAGUGUUUGUUCUCAUGCCAUGCCUAACAGGCCUUCCAAGACAGUUAUUCUAGAGUUUUGUGGAUUUUUUGUUUCGGUUUGGUUUUGGUUUUUUGAGACAGGGUUUCUCUGAAGCUUUGGAGCCUAUCCUUUAACUAGAUCUUGUAGACCAGGCUGGCCUCCAAGUCACAGAGAUCCGACUGCCUCUGCCUCCCGAGUGCUGGGAUUAAUGACGUGCACCACCACUGACCGGCUAUUUUGGAGUUCUUGUACUCAGGGAUUUCUCUCAGGGACUUCCAGCCUGUGUAUAUUUUCCUUCAGUAGUUCUAUUCUGGAUUAAUUUAAAUUUGCCUGGCUAAAGCCAGAUCAGAGGUAUUUGUAAAUUUUCCCUAUGUUCAAAAUAAAAUAUCACAUAUCACUAA